AUGUCAUCUUCGCUAUCGCAGAAGCAGCAGAGCGCCGGGAACGUCUUCAAUCCGCUGCCUCCAUCGCCGCCGUCGUCAUUCGAGCUGCCCGCGCCCCCGCCCUACACCGAGUCCACCGCGACAGCUACAUCACAGCGCACGCCGCGUAUCGAGAGACUAAUCCGAUCACUGCGCGACAUACAUUCCGGGCGCAAGUAUCAAGAUCUCUGGAUCCCAUUCCAGCUGACCGCGACCGAAUUUGCACAGCUGCAUCGCGAGUUCCUUGCACCGCGUGCGGAUUGCGACCGAAAAGACGACUUCCACAGCUGGUGCUCUUCCAAAUUGCGCUGGGACUGGGACAUCGAGGAGGACGCAGAAGAGGACUCAGAACAGGACACAGAGGAGGGCGAAUUCGUGGUGCGCAUGCCUAGUACUAUCCAUGACAGGUUCAUUAUCGAAGUAAGAGAGCGGGUGAAGGAGCAGAUUGCACAGGUCGCUAAGCAGUGGAAGAAAGACCCUAAGAACAAGAAAGCUGCCCUACUGCUUGACGGAAUACGCGAGGCCGGAAGCGCCAGGAUCAAGUUCAGGUUCGCUCAAGAUCCACAGACCUUGCAAAAGGAUCCCAGUGGUGCGCAAAGGAGCGGGAGCGUCUGCGCAGAACAGCAGAGAGACAAGCACGAGCUUUCGAUCUCUGAAGAUGAGCCUACAUCUUCCGAGUCACCACCUCCACCCUCGAAGGAGCCCGACGUCGCCUUUUCGCACACCAAGCGAAAGAAGUUUCCUCCACUGAUUGUCGAAGUGGCUCGUUCGCAGUCACAAAAAGACUUGCGCAAAGUAGCCGAGUCCUUUAUUAUAGCAAGCCACAACUACGUUCGCACCGUUGUUGGCUUCAAGCUGCCAUACGAGACGCCGGAAGAAGGAUCCACAAAGACAGAGCCAAGCAAGGAGAAAGACCAUUGCGCCUACCUCUCAAUCUGGCGCGCCUUCGUCGAUGAAGAUAGACUGGCCGAUAUGAGAUGUGACCGGGACGAAAUUCCCUUCCAGGACACUUCAGGGGAAUCUCUCUCAGGCAAUUUGGUUCUCCUAGUAAAGGAUUUCAUGCCACCAGCAGUUUUGGACGAAGAAGAUCCCACAUCGCUCAACUUCCUUCACGAUUCGCAGCGAGAUGCUGCAUUGGUUCGAAUUCCGUUCGACGACCUCACUGCUAUGCUCAGACACGCGGAACAAGAGCAAGCAGAUAACGAGCAGCCACCCGAUCCGUUUCCAAAGGGGCUCAUCGGGAAGAAGAGAAAGCAACGGAGCAGUCCAGAUGCAGAGUGGAAUGGGAGGAGUGAUCCGAGUGAACGGACGAAGGACACCGGGCGAAGAAUCAGUGAGAGGGUAAAGAGAAGGAAGAGCAGCGAAGGGUAG